UUCCAGCAGACUUCCAUAUUUUGUCACUAGGAGCAUUUUAAAUAAAGAUUUAUAAACCAGUCAGCGCAUGCGCGGUAUUACCAUGGCAAUGUAUUCAGCGUCCGCCCGCCCUAUGUGUAACAGCUUGAUCUCCUAUUGGCCAAUGGCGUCUCUGAUGCCAAUUUCUCCUCCAGUUAAUUGGCUCAUGUAGUGGAGCUGUCAGUUUGGGCGGGGCUUAUUUGUUUGUGGAAGUCUCCUUGUGAACCCACAGCUGGUCUGCUGUUAAUGGACAAACGAAUGCGAGAAGAGUGGUGUACAGAACAUGCAGGGGAAAAGCUGUCAUUGCACCGUUCUAGUGAGCAUUCCCUAAGCAGAGCUCCACUGGCACUCACUUUGGAAGAUCUUGAGCAGCCCUCUAAACCCAGAAAGAACCUGCUUAGAAACCAGAACUCAUUUGCCCAGAAAGGUGGGAACUCUCUAAGGUCAUUCAAAGAUAAGUUCCUAAACCUGACUGUCCCCAGUCUUCAGUUGGAGCAAGGGCAAUGAGACUACCUGAUCUGGAGGAGCGGAUAGUAACCUUGGAGGCCAAAGCUGAAGCUCAGGAGAAAGCCCUUAGAGCUAAUGAAGAUCAGCUAGAGCAUAGUCAGCAUAUCUUGGAUGAAAAGGAUAGGAUUCUACAAAGGGUCAAAGAAGAGCUGAAGAAGCUGAAAGAAGAGUUGUUUGAAUCCUGUAGGUUAUGUAACAGAACUGAAAAACAGAGAAAUGAGGCACUUUUCAAUGCUGAAGAACUUACAAAAGCCUUUCAACAGUACAAAAACAAAAUGACUGAAAAAAUGGAAAAGGUUCAGAAAGAAGGGGAUCUACUAAGAAAGAAUGUUUCAAACUGUGAAAACGAGCAAGGCGCCUUGCAGCAAAAGUGUGUAAUGUUGGAAACUGAACUGGAAAAAUCAAGGGAGCUCUUAAGAAAUUUACAGUCUGAAAAGAUAAGCAGCCAAGAGAGGCAUCAGUGUGUUGAAGCUAAAAAUGCAGAACUUAUUUCUCUGUUAACACAGUCUAAUCAGAGAAUUCUUAGACUUGAAAGUGAACUUGAAAACAAAGAAAAAGUGCUUGAUGAGAACAAAGCUCUGAAGGAUUGUCUUACAAAGCCAAAACAACAUUUAGAAACAAUCUCUGAUCAGCCACUAGAGCAACCUGUAGAUUCUGCUUCUGAUGCCAGUGGAAUGCUUAUUGCAGACCUGAGUGCAAAACUGUUGAUCAGAGAAGCAGAAAACAGAGAACUUCAAGCUGAACUUAUAAACCGGAAGUUACUAGCAAGCAGCUAUAGAAACAGCCAAGAAAAUUAUUGCUAUGAUGAAUUGGACACAGAACCAGUAAAUUUAAACCAACAAAAUACAGCGGAGGAAAAAUACCUACAGCUCGAUUUCCUUUGCAAGCAGAUUCAGAUGGACAAGGAAAGACUUGCAGGCCGUGUGAAAGAAUUACAAGGGAAACUCGCCAAAGCGCAGACGGAACUUGCCAACACAAAGCUUUCCAUGGAACAGAGAACCAGCCAGUUUCAGCUCAUACAAAAGGAAUUGCUGGAAAAGGCAUCAAAAACAACCAAGUUAGAGCAGGAAUUGGUAAAGAAACGUGUGAAGAUCAGUGCUCUUCAGAAGAUGGUGGAAGAGAAGAGUCAGGUUAAUUCUGCUGCUGACGCCAGGAAUGCUUCCCUGGAAGAAAAGCUUAAGCUUCAGCGUCAACUAGAGAUGAAAAAUCUUCAUGUAGGAAAACAAGAACAUACAAUAACGGUCCUUCAGCAAGAGACAUUAUCGAAGGAACAGCAGCUGGAAUCCCUGAAUCAUCUAUUAACACAAGCAAGAAAGGAACUGGAUAUUCAGACAAAGAAUACAAGUGCUGCAAUGAAAAGUCUAGAAAAUCAAGUGGAGGUAGAAUCUGCUAAGGCGAGCCAGCUGGAGUCUGCAUUGGCAGUCUGCAAAGAAGAACUGGCCUUGUACUUGCAUGAAUUAGAGGACAAUAGAGAGCAAUUUGAACAUAAAAUCAAGACAAAGGCUGAAGAGCUGCGGUGCUUGCAAAAUGAAAUCAAAUUAAGGACUCGGGACCUGCAGGAAACCAGUGAGGAAAAUGUACGUUUGCAGCAAACUUUACAACAGCAGCAGCAUAUGUUGCAACAGGGAACUGCACGAAUUGGAGAGCUGGAGGACCAUCAGACAGGGUUAGAAAAACAGGUUUCCAAACUGGAAUAUGAACUUGAAAAGCAACGGUCGACCUCAGAAGAUAUGCUGCUAAGGACAAAAGAUUCACUGCAUGCAGCCAAUAGAGAAUUAAGUUUAAAAACCCAAGAAGUGCAGGAGCUCUGUAUCACUCUAAAUCAGGUUAAACAUGAACGAAAACAUUCCAAGGUGAAGCUCCUGCAAAUGGAAGAAGAGUUGGUCUCCUUUAAAAACAAAGAAGAGAACAAUGCCAGCAUGUUAAAGCAGCUGCAGAUGGAUAUGCAAAAAACACAGGUGGAAAUGGACAAGAAAACAUGUGCUGUGACCGAGUUAGAGGAGAAAUUGCACAUUGCUCAAAAGGACAUUACAAGAAAAGAAGAGAUGGAGAUACAGUACAGUGCCAUGCAAAAGGAAUUAGAGGGUUACACAAAACAUGUAGAAGAAUUACAGGAAACACUGACAAAAACCCACUUGUCUGUGGAGGAGAAGCAAGUGAUUAUACAAGGACUUACAGAAAAGCUAAGAUCAUGUAAACAAGAACUUGAGGAGAGAGACCAUGAAUUGCUUGAUAUGGAUCAACUGCUAAAAGAUCGGAACUGGGAGUUAAAACAGAGAGCUACACAAUUAACCCAGCUGGACAUGAGUAUCCGGGAGCACAAAGGAGAGAUGGAACAAAAAGUUGGAAAAUUGGAAAGUGCUUUGGCAAAAGCUGAAUUAGAAGCCCAGGACCAUAUUAAGGAGAUAACAUCUUUAGAUGAAAGAUUGCAACAAGCAAGAGAUCAGCUUUGUGAAAAAGAUUUUGACUUGAUGCAAAAAGACCAAGUUAUAAACCAACUGAAGAAUGGCAUUGAGCGAAAUCAGCAAACAGUAACUGCAAUGGAAAAGACUUUAAAAGCGCAAGAGCGACAUAUCUCAGAAAAGCAUAAAGAUGGCAUGGACCUCAGCGAACAGUUAAACCUUGAACAAGAACAAAUGCAGCUCACCCACCAGGAGCUCCUAGAAUCCCGACAACAGUUGGCUGAGGCUCAGAAAGAAUCAGACAGACUUACACAAAAGCUGGAAGGAAUGGAUCUCAUUUUCAGAGAAAAGCUACAGCAUUUGAAACACAAGUUAGAAGAAACAAAUUACACUAUAUGCAAUUUAAAGGUGGAACUUCAGGCAAGGAACGAGGUCAUCAAAGCAACAAAUGAUGUAUUGAUACUAAAGGAAUCUGAAUUAACAAGGCUGAAAGCCCGGAUUUCAAGCUAUGAAAGAACAUUAGGCCUCAAGCAGCUGUCCGACACUACUGCACUCCCAUCAGUUUCUUUCACUGAUCUGCAACCUCUGGAAUCAUCUAUACAUCCUGAGGCUUCAGACUUUAAAAUGUGGCACAUCAGUCCCUCACUCAUUGCCAGUAACCUUAGUCUGACAGACAUGAGUUCCCUGGAGUUGCCUAAAAGCAUGUUGGAAGAUCUAAAGAACCUGGCUCCACCAGACUCUCCAUCAAUGAAGGAUACAAGUGAGGCAGUAUCUUGUGUAUCUUCGGAAAGUCUGAACAAUUCUUCAUUUAACCCUCUUACAUACGCAUUGGAUUUUACUUCUGACUGCCCAGACCUAACUACUCUUACUGGAAUGCUUAAAUACAUAAAGAAAGAGAUGCGAUUAUCUGAAUAUCCACAGGAACAUAGCCCCAGCAAGGAUGCCAAGAUUGAUGGUGGACCCUUAGGAUAAGAGGGAUUUCCCGGACACUGGAAGGAAAUAAAGGCAGAUGAUCAUUUUCUAAACUAUUGCUAGCAGGACUGUACUUGUUGUUAUUUAUUUGUAUUAUAUUUUCUUUUAUUUAUAUGUUUACUGUUAUUAGAGACAUGUAUAAUAUCUACUGAGUGAUAAUUUUAUACCAUAAAUUGUGUAAAAAAAUCUGAAAUAAAAAUGAUCCAGAACAUA